AUGACUAUUUCCGGAUCCUGCAUGUGUGGCGACAUCGCCUACAGCGUUGAGGUGGAAAGCUACCUAUCUGCGCUAUGCCACUGCACUGAUUGCCAGAAGUGGACCGGCGGCGCCUUCACCUCCAACGCAGUCGUCCCUCGAUCCAGCUUUAGAGUGACCAAGGGAACCCCCAAAACAUAUGACGUCACCGGCGCCAGCGGCAAGAUCAACAAGCACUUCUUCUGCGCGAACUGCGGCUCGAGUCUGUAUACCGAGCUUGAGGUCAUGCCUGACAACACGGUUGUGAAGGCUGGAACGCUGGAUGGUGGCGAGGCGAACUUGAAGGGGAAGAUUGAUGUUGAGUUUUAUGUUAAGGAUCGGCCUCAGUAUUUGGCUGCCGUGGAGGGUGCGAAGCAGGAGCCGCAGUUUGGUUGA